UCAUUUGAUUGGUAGGAAGGCGAAUUCGCAACUAAACCAGCUUUACGGUAAGCAGGACCGAGAGGAUUCCAGAAAAUAUCAGCGAAGGAAAUAAUUGUUUUUUCUGCUGCACGUUUCAAGACGUAAAGAUGAUCGAAGUGGUUUGCAACGACCGUCUAGGCAAGAAAGUCCGGGUCAAGUGCAACUCUGAGGAUACCAUCGGAGAUCUGAAGAAGCUCAUAGCUGCCCAGACAGGAACACGGCAUGAUAAGAUCGUGUUAAAGAAAUGGUACACCAUAUUCAAGGACCACGUGUCUCUGGGUGACUAUGAAAUCCACGAUGGGAUGAACCUUGAGCUGUACUACCAGUAAGCAAGAGGGGAACUACGAGUCAGAUGUACAGAUGUAAAGAUGUUUCUUGUUACAAACACAAACACACAUGCGCCGCUGGAAUUGAAGGUCUCACACAACAUGAUGGAGCGAGAGCAACUCUCACACAGCAACAAGUUUUAAUUUUUCCUCUCAAAUUACUUUGUGAAAGAGACGUUGAGGUUUUUUUGGUUUUUUUAAUAUUUUGGAAAUAAAACUGAUAUUUACCUGA